GUCAGCAGGGCAGGAAGAGAGAGCAGAGGAGGUCACACAAGAGUAUACCCUUUGCUUUGCAAUAUUAUACUUGCUUAUUUAAGGUUUUAAAUCUCGAUGUUGAUUUCCUCACCAGAACCUUUGAAAAUACACUUCUGUUGCUCUUUUUAAAUAUUUCCUAUAUUAUUGUUGCAUAAAAUGUAGUGGUAGACUAGUAAAACCUGCUUUUUUUAGUUGUUAGUGUAGCACAAGUCAAUAAAUUAUUAGUCUUGUCAUUGGUAUGGAGAAGCAAAACUUGCCAGAUGUGGUGAUUAUUUCUGUAUGACAUUAACUUUUUGUAAUGAAACAAUGGAAUUCAUUGGUGCUGCAAAACCCUGUUUUUUGUUAAAAAUCAGCUUUGCAGGUGUGCACUGAAUAGAGUCGUGGAUGAAUAGGGAUUGUGUUUAAAUGGACAAUGUAGCUUUGAAAAUGAAAUGUUCUACUUGUUCUUCUGCUUGAAGUAGACAAAGGCAUUGUAAAGGCGAAGGAGUUCUUUCCAGCAGUUAAGUGUUGCCAUUCACUGAUUACCUAUGGACUUACACUAAGCCAAGAACAUAGAAUGAUCCUCAAAAAUCGCAGCCCCUCUGUUUUUCUCACUCUGAAAAUACAUGGAGAAGAAAGGCUAAAGGAUGGGGACUGUUCUUCCUUAAAAUGAUUCUUUUGGUUGGCACCUAAUACUUCAUCUUUUGUGUUAUCAAAGUUCCAUGACAUAGCCAGUCUUCUGCCAGGUGUAAGAAUUUGUCUGUAUCUUUCUGGAAUUCCUAUUGGAUGCUGCCCUCUGAUGUUUGUGGAAUGAACUGCUUUUGGGAAGCUGCUUUUAGAUAUGAUUAUAUGAAAACACAUCCUUCUGAGAAAAUGCAUCUAGCAGUGGUUGCCUGUGGUGAAAGACUGGAGGAGACACUUACUAUGUUGAGAUCAGCCAUUAUUUUCAGCAUCAAACCUCUCCAGUUUCAUAUUUUUGCUGAGGACCAAUUGCAUGAGAAUUUCAAAGACAUACUUGAUGACUUCCCCUAUGAAGGAAAAGUUAAUUACACAUUAUAUCCAAUAACAUUUCCAACUGAGAGUGCAGCAGAAUGGAAGAAAUUGUUUAAACCCUGUGCUUCACAAAGGCUAUUCUUGCCAUUAAUCCUCAAAAAUGUGGAUUCGCUACUGUAUGUUGAUACUGACAUCCUGUUUUUGAGACCUGUUGAUGAUAUUUGGUCUUUUCUGGGAAAGUUCAACUCCACACAAAUUGCUGCAAUGGCACCGGAACAUGAAGAGCCUCGUAUCGGGUGGUAUAAUCGCUUUGCUAGACAUCCCUAUUAUGGAGUAACUGGAAUAAAUUCUGGAGUCAUGUUAAUGAAUAUGACACGUAUCAGAAGAAAGUAUUUCAAGAAUGAUAUGACACCAGUCCGAUUACAGUGGGGAGAAAUUCUUAUGCCACUGCUGAAGAAGUACAAGUUGAACAUAACAUGGGGUGAUCAGGAUCUAUUGAACAUUAUGUUUUUUCACAAUCCAGAAAGUCUUUAUGUCUUUCCUUGCCAAUGGAAUUAUCGGCCUGACCACUGCAUCUAUGGAAGCAAUUGUAAGGAAGCUGAAGAAGAAGGUAUAUUUAUUCUUCAUGGAAACAGAGGUGUUUACCAUGAUGAUAAACAACCGACUUUUAGGGCUGUCUAUGAAGCAAUAAAAAAUUAUUCAUUUGGAGAUGAUCUGGUUCAUUCCCUGUUGCAGCCCCUAGAACUGGAAUUAAGGAAAACCAUGCAUACAUACUGUGGAAGAGUAUACAAAGUGUUCAUAAAGCAGCUAACAAAAAGCGUAAGAGACUUGUAUGCCAGAAGAUCAAAGGGAAGGUGAUUUUUACUCCAAGCUGUUAAAUCAAGAGACUGAAUUAACAUACUGAUCAAAAGGUGCAAAAAUUCUAAUGUGGCUUGAAUCGGCUCUUCAUGUGCCCAGAUAAAAGUUUACUAGCAUACAUAAAAAUGAAGAAAAUAUUAAUGUAAUGAAGAACAGGAACUUUUUUCUGCAAAGGUGACUUUUUGCUCUUUUGAAGUUUAAUCACUGCUAAUGUUUGUCUUGGAUCUGGUGAUUUGGGUGUUACUGGCUUCUAUGGCCAGUAGUUUUAGUCUGCAUAAUUCGGUUAUCCAAUGAUCAAAUGAACAAGGAAGAAAUGAAGAUGGCUGUAUUUUGGAGUGUACCUCAUAUAUUGUCUAAAGUUCUGUUAAACUGUGAAUGUAGCAAUAACUGAGUCAGCGGCACUAACCUCACUUUAAAGGUGUGAGCCUUUAUGUAAACAAAGUUGUUUACAAGUGCAGAAAAUACUCUGUUUUCAAAGAGAUGUGAUAUAAUCUUUGACAAUCUGUAUGUGCCUUUAUAUGUUCAUCUCUUACAUGUUGAAGUACUGUUUUGACAAUCUUGUUUCGUUUAUCUUGGAUGUUAACUGCACACUAUAAAUAUGAUUUUCUGAGAAAUUGGUAACUAGUAUGUCAUACUAGUUUUCUCUGGUAGAUACGGAGGCUUUUCAAUAUACAGCAUUUGUUUCAAUGUCGUUGAGCCAUUAUGGCCAAAAGACAGCGCAGAGUUGAGGGUUUUUUUAGCAAAAAUUCGGUUUGAAGUUACAUCUUACAAUACUUUUUAAAAAUUACAUGGUUUUGCAGCUUUAUAGGGCAUUUUGGAAGUAGGAAAAAAAAACCAGUGGAAAGCUGUUGCCGUUGUAUUUCCUUACUAAGAAUUAUUAUCUGAUGAUUAUUAUAGAGUAUUUAGUACCUAAAAGUAAAGAGCUGUAAUAAGAGUUCUGAUGCUUCAUCAGACUGUAUAUUAGAUGGAUUUCUUAGAGAUUAUAUCUUGUUACUGUAUUUUUUUAAUAACAUGGCUUUAAAAUAGUUUUGGGGCAGACCCUCAACUACGUGAAUGCAUGACUGUCAAGAGGGUGAUAGUGAUUUACAACAGGUAAGGAUUAGGCUUUCUUUCGUUAUUUUAGUGAAAAAAAAACAAGCUCUGUUUGUGUAAUACAAACUUUUUUUCAGAGAAAAACAUGAAGAAAAAGGCUGAGUUCUAGUGUUACAGUAAAAUAUUAUUUAAACUUGCAUGGUAUGAAAUGUAUUUGUAAAGUAUAUUUGAACUUGGAUAACCUGUCUAACUGAGAUGAAGUCGUCAUAAAGUGAGUUUUUGGAUUCCAGAAAAGUUCCUGUGUGUUGAACACGGAGGAUCCACUCACUGACUUGCACCUUCAUCCCAACCCCAUUUAGAAGCUUAAUUUUUGUGGCUGUUUCCUUGUCAAAGGCAGGCUGGCUCUGACUCCCAGAUCCAUGUGAGCUGGACGAAUGCUUUAGCAGUACAAAACCACACUCCAUUGUAAGCAGAGUUUAUAUUCUUCUCCUAAUCUCCCUGCUGGCUCAGGGUGUAAAUUUCUGGGAUGGAAACUAGGAAGCAGUCUGCCUCGCAUGUAGUUACAGUCUCUUUUCCUUGCUAUGUAACCUUUUGAAGUCUGAAAAUCUAGAAAUCUGUGUGAAGGUGAAUACUGUUAUUGACUGAUUUUACAAUAUGCAAUGCAUUAUUUUUUUACAUAAAUACUGAUUUUUAUAUCAA